AUGGUUAGUUUAAUGAAGAAAAAUUUUCUAAUGCAUUUAAUUCAAAUAUUAUUAACGGUAUUCUAUGGUAUUCUAUUAUCAAAUGGAAUAUUUGAAUAUUUAAUACUUGGAAUAUUUGGUUUAACAUGUCAUAUUCGACCAAAAUAUGAUUCAAUAUUGUUAAUUAUAUUGGGAAUUCUAUUAAUUUUAUUUGUUAUUUAUGCAUUAAUCGCUAUUUGGAAAAAUAAUAUAGCAUUAUUAUUUAUUUCUGUUAUUGUUUUAAUUAUUCUGUUUGCAUUUACACUAAUUAAAAGUAUAACAGAAAUAAAAGGAUUUGGUAUGCGACCAACAAGAGCUGAAUGGAUUGCUAUUCGUAUUACAGAAUUAGUUUUUAGAGUAAUUGGUAUUAGUGGUUUGGUGUUUUAUAUAAUACGAAUUAAACAAGGUCAUCGUCUGGAUAACUGA